GAGUCACGUGGGCCCUCCCGGUUCCGGCGUGGUAGAGGCCCGGGUGUUGAACAGUCUCCGGCACCAUGUCUGGUUUGUCUGGCCUACAAGCCCAACGUGGCCCUUGCCAAUUAGCGUUGCUGCUUUCACUCCUGCUCGGCCCCAGUUUGGUUCUCGCCAUCUCCUUCCAUCUACCCGUUAACUCCCGCAAGUGCCUCCGUGAGGAGAUCCACAAGGACCUGCUGGUGACCGGCGCGUACGAGAUCACCGACCAGUCUGGGGGUGCUGGCGGCCUGCGCACCCACCUCAAGAUCACAGAUUCUGCUAGCCAUAUUCUGUAUUCCAAGGAGGAUGCAACCAAGGGGAAAUUUGCCUUUACCACUGAAGAUUAUGACAUGUUCGAAGUGUGUUUUGAGAGCAAAGGAACAGGGCGGAUACCUGACCAACUCGUGAUCCUAGACAUGAAGCAUGGAGUGGAGGCGAAAAAUUAUGAAGAGAUUGCAAAAGUUGAGAAGCUGAAACCUUUAGAGGUGGAGCUACGACGCCUAGAAGAUCUUUCAGAAUCUAUCGUUAAUGAUUUUGCCUACAUGAAGAAACGAGAGGAGGAGAUGCGUGAUACCAAUGAGUCAACAAACACUCGGGUUCUGUACUUCAGCAUCUUUUCAAUGUUCUGCCUCAUUGGACUAGCCACGUGGCAGGUCUUCUACCUUCGUCGCUUCUUUAAGGCCAAGAAGUUGAUUGAGUAAUAAGGUCUACUCUCCUCCCACCUUGCAUCUCAGCCAGCAGAACAUCACUGGGACGUGCCUGGCCUAAGGCAUCCUACCAACAGCACCGUAAAGGCACAUUGGAACUUUCUUGCCAGAACUGAUCUCUCUUGGUGUGGGAGGACAUGGAUUACCACCUACACCCAACAAGUCAUUGAGGGACUUCUUUUUAACUUGAUAGGAUUUGGACUGGUUUUACAACAACAGGACUAUUAUUAGAGUCGCAUAUGACAAGAAAUAGGGGUUACCUAGAUAAUGCCAAAGCCAGCAUUUGUACUGGGUUUCCUCAUGUGAUCUGUUUGAACCAUGUUUUCUUUCCUUCUUCCACUUGCUCACCAGCUUGGGCUUCCACUCUAGUUCCUUUACCAAGAUUUGAAUGAAUAUGUGAAACUUGUUUCUUUCUGAUCGUCCUCUUUGGAUUUCUGCGUGAAAACACCCUUAACUUUAUCUUAACCCUUAGCUGAAAUGUUUAAGUAGCUUCUUGUGGUAUCCUUUCAUAAUUUUAUGUCUCCUAUAAGGGUGAUGGAUGUGACACCUCUAGAAAUGAGCUUUGAAUUACAGAUAACUCUUAAAGAAAAUUUUAUUUUAGAGAAUUAAAAUGUUUGUGCCCAACUGCUUGAA